GGCUGUAGAGUUCCUGUGUGUUCAGGAAGUGUCGGUAUCGGUGUGUGUGUUUACCGAUUUGCUGAAGACAUGGCCGAAAAUACUGUAACGGUGACUGUUACAUAUGGUACUGCCAAGCACAGCAUCAAUGUCGCCGGGCAGGAGAACCAGGAGCCACUGUUGAAGGAUUUGGCUGAAGCGGUCGCUGGCGUCACGGGGGUGCCGGUCCCCUCCCAAAAACUUAUUUUCAAAGGGAAGUCUCUAAGGGAGAUGGACCAGCCCCUGUCAGGCUUUGGGAUAAAGCAGGGGUGUAAACUCAUGUUGAUAGGCAAAAGGAAUAGCCCGGAAGAGGAGUUGGAAUUGAAGAAACUGAAAGAUAUUGAGAAGUCGGUUGAACAGACUACUAAGAAGCUUGAAAAAGUGGAUGGUGAGCUGACAGGCUUGAAGAACGGCUUCUUGGCAAAGGACCUACAGGCUGAAGCUUUGAACAAGCUUGAUCAGAGAGUGAAAGGGGCAGCUGAGCAGUUUAUGAAAUUUCUGGAACAAAUGGAUGCCAUGACCUUUCCAGAGAAUUUUAAUGACUGCAGAAUGAAGAGGAAAGGACUGGUUAAAACUGUGCAGGCAUGCCUGGCUCAGUGCGACAAGAUAGAAGCUGGAAUUUCAGAUCACCUGGCAAAGAUACAGUCAAAGAACUUGGCACUGGCUGAAUAGCACGUCUAGAAAGCCAGCUCAUAGUAGUUCCUAGUUCGUUGCUCUGUGAGCAAUAUAAACCACAAGAGAGUGCUCCUUGUUUGGAGUAGGUUAUUUAUCUGCAGUAAGCAACACAUUAAGCAUUUUUUUUUCAUUUCUGGAAAACUAUUACUGUAGUUCUUCAAAGACUAGAUCAGUGGCAGGUAAACAAUAUGUGUCAGUCUGUUGUUGUAUAAACAUUUCCUUACUGUCAGUAAACCUCGAAUUGAUCAAGAUGAUUAUCAGUCAUGUAACUGUACUCCCUUAAACCAGCACUUCUUUGAAGUUUUGUUUUUAUGGAUGCCACAAACUGCUUAUCUUGUGAAGCCCUGUACUUGUUCUUGUAUUUCUGGUUGGUGUUUUAAUUAAAGUAAUUUCUGAGGUGUUU